AUGAUUUUAUCAAUAAUCAUUGAAUACAAACAUUAUUUAAUAGCAAUGAAAGAACGUGCUUUUACUCGAGUGGCAACAACUGAAGUUUUUACUCAUCUUCUUGAAUCUCUUAUCUAUAAUAAUUUGGAAACAAAAAUAAAACCUAUGAAAGUAUCAGCUGCUGCUAUUAGCGCUUGUCUAGAAAAAUUCAAACAAUCCCCAAAAGUUAUGUGUAAAAAUUAUGAACUUCUAGUCAUAUCUUGUUGUUUAAUGCAACUUAUGGAUUCUAUUAGUCAAAAUCAGAAAAUGGAACGAUUGAUUGGUCUUGAAAAAAUUCUUGUACAAGCAUUAACAACAAAUGCUGGUCCUAGUCCAUUUUCAAUUAUAUUACAAACGUUAAAAGAAGAUUUAAUGAAAUCUGAAGAACAACGUCAAUUAAAAUUAAUUGAUUAUGUUAUUCUUCUUGUUCAUAUCUAUUCUCUUGCUGGUAAUGAUGUUUUUUAUGGUAAAGAAGAAAAAGAGCGCACACAUAAACUAAUUGGAAAAGAAAUUCUUAAUGAUUCAUCAUUUACAAAUUCUCUUCGUGAAGAAAUGAAAACUCUCGGAUAUUCAUUAGAAAUUGAACAUGCUCUUGAUAUAAUCUAUCAAAAACUUGAUUUAUUAUUAUCUUAUAAACGACGUUAUAAAUAUCUAAAUUCUCUUAUUGUUCAUGGUUAUGAUGAACAACCAAAUUAUCGACAAUCAUUACUGAAACAAAUAUUUGAUUUAUUUAAACGACAUGGAAGUUCAGGAUCAUCAUCACCAUCACUUUCAUCUCGUUUAUCUAGUGCUACAAAUGUUUCUACAACACAACAAGAACAAUUAAUGCAUGAUAUUGAACAUAUACCUUUUGAUGGUUUUACAGAUUUUUUUAAAAGUGCUGCAAGAGGAUUCUUUGGUGAUACAAAACCAAACUUAACUAGUAAUGAUUAUUCCACAAUUGUUAUUUUUAUUGUUGGUGGUGUAACAUCUCAUGAAAUUCAACUUGUUCAUGAAUAUAGUCAACAAAUAAGGAAACAAAUUAUUAUUGGUUCAUCAGGUAUUAUGAAGCCUGAGGACGUUUUAUCAAUAUUAUUGAAAUAA